GCUGAGAUUAAUUAUGCUCUUCAUAGAUGAUACUAAGCACAGCCAAAACAAAGUGUUUCUUUUGCAUUUUGUAAACAAAACCAGAGCAAGUCCUAAUAAUGGCCACCUCACAUCUCUCCGACCACAUUUACCGGCCAAUACCCACCCGGAGUGCCACCUUCCGGCAGUUCACCACCACCAAAGCGACCAUACUUUUUCUCUCUCCCCCAAAAUGUUCCAAAUCUCGAAGCUUUUUAGUUAAAAAUGACCAAAAAUCCAAGUGGGUCGUUAGACUAAGCUUGGUGGAGAAAAGCCCACCAAAACCAACGGUGGAUAUGAAACGGUUGGUGGACUUCUUGUAUGAGGACCUUCCACAUCUUUUCGAUGAUCAAGGGAUUGAUCGGACGGCUUACGAUGAAAGGGUGAAGUUUCGGGACCCAAUCACGAAACAUGAUACCAUUGGUGGGUAUCUGUUUAACAUUGCUCUGUUGAAGAAGCUCUUCAGCCCUGAUUUUGAGCUGCAUUGGGUCAAACAGACAGGGCCUUAUGAAAUAACUACAAGGUGGACUAUGGUAAUGAGGUUCAUUCUUUUACCAUGGAAACCAGAAUUGGCCUUUACGGGGACGUCUGUCAUGGGCAUCAACCCAGUGACGGGGAAGUUUUGCAGCCAUGUGGACUACUGGGAUUCUAUACAGAACAAUGAUUAUUUUUCUGUAGAAGGCUUACUGGAUGUAAUAAAGCAGUUGCGGAUCUACAAGACGCCUGACAUAGAAACCCCCAAAUAUCAAAUACUUAAAAAGACUGGGAAGUAUGAGGUCAGAAAGUACAACCCAUUCAUAGUUGUAGAAACAGAUGGUGACAAGUUGGCUGGGUCUACCGGCUUUAAUGGCGUUACUGGGUAUAUAUUUGGGAAGAAUUCAACAGCGGAAAAGAUACCAAUGACGGCUCCUGUUUUCACUCAGGCAUUUGAUGCUGAUAUGUCCAAAGUGUCCAUCCAAAUAGUUCUUCCAUCAGAGAAAGAUAUGAGCAGUUUGCCAUAUCCCAGUCAAGAAGCAGUUAGAUUGAGGAAAGUUGAAGGAGGCAUUGCAGCAGUAUCAAAGUUCAGCGGAAAACUUUCUGAGGAUAUUGUUCUUGAGAAAGAAAAAGCACUUCGGUCUGGCCUUAUUAGAGACGGUCUUAAACCAAAAUUGGGUUGUUUGCUUGCUCGUUACAAUGAUCCUGGCCGCACAAGGAGUUCCAUAAUGAGGCAUGAAGUGCUUAUAUGGCUUGAAGAGUUCUCGUUGGAUUGAUGUGUAAUACAGCCAUUUUUCGACUAUCAAGUGGUCUGAUUAAUCUCGACUCCCCUGCUCGAAAUUAAUGAGAUUUUAUUCCCAGCAUAGGAAUACUGUAAAGAAAACUUCCAAAGAAUGUCAUUUAAUCUGUAAAUGGUGUUGAUCAAUCACACUGGGUAACUGUAACUAAACAUACUGUACAUGUUUUCAGAAACUUCUUAUGACAAAACACUUUUUCCUCUCUUAGGGCUGUCUAUGCGCCAUGUACCUUCUCUGCACAGGUUUAUUGUGAAGAGACAAAAAAUUGAGUGUGUAUUUUUUUGCGUGAUUAUGUUCCACCCAUUAAAAGUUUUGCUUUGACAUGGCAAUGAACAAAUACUGUAUCUCAUUCCCAUCGACAUGAGUGACC